AACUUAUUGGUUUAGCAUCUCCGUAUUGGAUAUCUUUUGAAUAUCAAGGAAUAAAAGUACACAGCGGUUUAUGGAAACAUGCGCAACAAUUAAAUUGAUUGACAAAGUAGAGUGCUUUGACUUCGAGAGUGUAUCGGAUUGGUUUAAAGCUGUACGGGCUACAAGCAUUAUGGGAUUCAUAUCACUUUUAGUCGCUCUUGUAAUGACAAUUUUGAAAAUGUUUUUCAUGAAAGACAAGAAACCAAUUGUUUUGGCAGCAAUUGGCACUGCUUUCAUUGGAGAUCUCUUUAUAUUGAUAUCGAUUGCUGUUUAUUCCUCAAAAGUUGGCGACCUCACCACCUCUCAGAUUACGCAUGAUUACCACUUCGCCUUUGUCUUCUGCAUCCUGGCGAUGUUAGCAGCGGUUGGUGCUGGAUCUGUGAUGGUGGUGGAUGCAGUGAGAACUAAAUCAAUUUGAUAAAGAAUUUAUUUCAUAUUUUAACGUAAUGCACUGUCCCUGUCUUUUAUAGUGUUUGUGUGAAAUUAACUAGAUUUAAUGUAGCAAGUGCAUGCACAGGUUGGUCGAAUUAGCGAACAUUAUUUUUAAAAAGAGAUACUUAAGUCUUGCCUCAACAAUGGCCUCUGUAUACCAACCUUUCUCAUCGACAAGGAGGGUGGCAUACUGAUUACUGAUCUGUCGCAUUUUUCUCAGCAGCUUUAACUAGCAGAUGCUUUAUAAUUUAUCAAUUUUUUUAGAUAAACCCCAUGUUAGGAUUAAUAUCUGUACCAAUUGUGAUCUUCCUGUAAAAAAAAACACACUGUGGUAUCAUUUUAGCCUUAUUUUCGCAGAUGGGUAAAUGUUCAUCAAACUAUUAAUUAGACGACGUCAACGUCAACAUCCUGUUUAAAGACGACUGAUUAUUUUUAGCCUUAGUUCGUCAAAGUUUUUCCAGCAACUAUUUAUCGCAGUUGCUUGGCAAUUCCAACACAC